GACUCUCAAGCCUCGAAACAUCCUGUGACCCUGAUAUAAUAAUGUUCUCGCUCUUGUACUUUAAAUUAUCGUUAGAAUCUCAAAAAAAAGCAUGUGUUUUGAAUCGCGAAUCAUGAAUUAAUUUGAAUCUUAAAUCAUGCUGAAAUCUAAAGACUGAGUCAAAUCAUCUGGAAUUUUGACAUGCGAAUUCCAAAUUGAUAAUUCAAGCGGCUCAUCAUCAAUUUUUUUGAAAUACUGUUAAAAGAUUAGCGCUUCGCCAAAAUGUUACACUUGGUGUUACAUGAGCGAUUUACGUAGCUAUUUAAACAAUCCCAUUACAAGGAUGCGUGAGCGAUUAGUGAGUCGCCUCGAUUACAGUGAAAGAAUGCGUGACAAACUGGUAAUUUUCGAAAUUAAUAGAUCAUUAUCUUGAAAGUUUUUAGGUAACCGCAGUCAGGAAUUCAACGAGUGAUAUUUAAGCGAAAUGUCUAGAAAAAAAACUACCAGUAUCCGCCAUUGUCUCUACACAACCAUGCAGACCGCCCUGAUUACCAUCGCUUUGAUUGCCGCAGCUUGCGCAGCGCCGCAACUGCGACACGGGCCGAGAGUUCAGCAGUUCGUCAACCCAGCCGACGAAAGUCAGCAGUUCCAGCAGUCGCAACCGCAACCGGCUCAGUUUUCCCAAACGCCUCAGUUUCCCUCGCUGCGCAGGCCUGGAGCAGACCCCAUUCAAGACGACUACGAGAUCUACCAGAACCAAAACGCCAAGUACGAGUUUUCGUCCAACAUCGACGACCGCAUCAGCGACUUGACGAACCAGCGGCAAGAGGUUCGCGACGGUGCCGCCGUUAAGGGCUCCUACUCCUACAGUGACGGCUACUUCAAAAUUAAAGUCGACUACAUUGCCGACGACCAGGGCUACAGAGUAACAGGAAUGGAAGCGGUUCCACUAGAAGGUCCCAAAGUCGAUCCCAAGGGAACGGCGUCCGUUAGCAGUACCGCGCACGGAUCCCAGCUUAGAUACAGGGUGGCCAGCAUACCAGUUCCGGCGGCGCAACCGGAAAGAUUUCCACCAUCACCACAACGUACUUUAGCUUAAGCCUUUUUCUUGUGAUAGUAAUAAUAAUAAAGUUGACAAU